GAGAGCAAGAAUUAUAUUAUCCAUAUGAGGAAGUUUAUUCUUUUAAUCUUAGUUUUAGCUGCUUUGGUAUCAAAUGUUUCAGCUAAAUACUCCAAUGCUGAAAUGAUCAGAGAUCUUGCUGUUGGAUCCUGGAGAGUGCUCACCGGCCUUGCUGAAGACAUUUACUACACUACUCCUGAACUCACUGAGGAUGCCUACAAAUCAGCUCCAGAGUUCUACCAGAGCAAUGGGUACAGGUUCGAGGAACACAAGAUUGUUACAGAAGAUGGAUACAUUUUGACUGCUUGGAGGAUUCCAGGGAAGAUCACAGAGUCAGCUAAAGAGUUUAGAGGAAAACCUGCAGUUAUGCUUCAACACGGAUGAUUAGACAACAGUGGGACUUUCAUAGUCGGUUUCAAGAACCAAAGUCUUCCCCUUAUCUUGAGCGAGGAGGGUUAUGAUGUAUGGAUCACUAAUAACAGAGGUAACUUUAAUUCGUAUGAGCACGUUAACCCUCAAGAAUACUCUGUAUUUGAUAUGCAGAGCAAGUAUUGGAGCUUCAGUUUUGAUAGCAUGGCUUAUUAUGAUGUUCCUUCGAAUGUUGAUUACAUCCUUGACUACACCAGCAAUGAGAAGCUGACUUACAUUGGCCAUUCGCAAGGAACAAUGCAGUUCUUUGCAGGAAAUGCAAUGAAGAACAUUGCUGCUAAGAUUGACUCCUUCAUUGGGCUUGGCCCUGUUAUUUAUGUUGACAACAUAAGAUCUCCUAUUUUUGCACUUCUCAAAAAUACAAGUUUGAUAAACUUGUUAGAGUGGCUUGGAAUUAACAAUGUACUUCUUUGGCCGACUAUUGUAAACGUCACUUUGAAAUCAAUUGUGAGGCCUCUUAGGAAGUCUAUACUAAGAUUUAUUCAGAUGAUUGUGGGAAUGAAAGAAGAAAUCUCAGUUGACCUCAGUAGAAUGCCAGUCAUGGGAAGGCACGAGCCAGGAGGAUCAAGCCUUCAGAACAUGCUUCAUUGGAUGCAGAUUAUGAAUUCCAAAGAGUUCAGAAGAUAUGAUUAUGGAAAAGAAGAAAAUAUUGAAAUCUAUGGUCAAGAAGAUCCUCCUUUAUAUGACUUCGAAGUUCUUAAAGAAAAUGUAAAGGACUUGGAUAUGCUGUUAUUCAGAGGAGAAAUUGAUGCUUUAGUUACUCAAGAAGAUUUUGAAAGACUCUUAGACAUUUUCGACUUUAAGAUAGGCAAAACUCUGGACUAUAAGAUUGUCCCAAAAUAUGAUCACCUUGAUUAUGUGUGGGCUGACAAUGCUUAUGAAGAAAUUGGUAAACCAAUCAUAGAUUUCUUGAGGGAAAGAAGAGUAUCUCAAUAAUUCAACUCUGGCACAA